UCCUCUCACUCAGUGGCUGCUCCUGUUGGCUUUGUUGGUGUUGUUCUCUUCAAUUGAAUCUGGGAGAGAGAGAGAGAGAGAGAGAGAAUUGUGCCCUUUGACCAUUCAAGCUUCGUCUUCGCUUCCAUUUCUGUGGACUGAGAUGGCUGGAGGUAUUAUUCAGCAGUUAUUGAGGAGGAAACUCCAGCCUCAAUCUACUAACCCUUCCUUUUUGUCAUCCAUCAUAGCAAAGAAAGAUGAUGCUGGCUCUACUGGCAGCAGGUCCUUAAGAGCACUUGCAUUAAUUGGAGCUGGUGUGUCAGGGAUUUUGAGUUUUGCAACAACAGCAUCAGCUGAUGAAGCCGAGCAUGGCCUGGCAUGUCCAAAGUAUCCAUGGCCUCACAAGGGCAUCCUCAGUUCAUAUGAUCAUGCUUCGAUUCGUCGUGGUCAUCAAGUUUAUACACAAGUCUGUGCUUCCUGCCAUUCUAUGUCUUUGAUAUCGUACCGUGAUUUGGUUGGUGUCGCUUAUACAGAAGAUGAGGUAAAGGCUAUGGCAGCUGAGAUUGAGGUGGUUGAUGGCCCUAAUGAUGAGGGUGAGAUGUUUACCCGCCCUGGUAAACUCAGCGAUCGUUUUCCUCAGCCAUAUGCAAAUGAAUCAGCUGCUAGGUUUGCUAAUGGAGGAGCUUAUCCCCCAGAUCUAAGUCUUAUUACCAAAGCCCGUCACAAUGGUCAGAACUAUGUAUUUGCCCUUCUAACCGGUUAUCGUGACCCUCCUGCUGGUGUUUCGAUUAGAGAGGGACUUCACUAUAAUCCUUAUUUUCCUGGUGGAGCAAUUGCCAUGCCUAAAAUGCUUAAUGAUGGUGCUGUUGAAUAUGAAGAUGGUACGCCUGCUACAGAAGCUCAGAUGGGGAAAGAUGUUGUGUCAUUCUUAACUUGGGCCGCGGAACCUGAGAUGGAAGAGAGAAAACUGAUGGGAUUUAAAUGGAUCUUCGUACUGUCCCUAGCACUACUUCAAGCUGCCUAUUACCGCCGCUUGAGGUGGUCAGUUCUAAAGUCUCGCAAGCUGGUUCUUGAUGUAGUCAACUAGCUGCCUUCAAGUUUCGUUUUCACUUAAGUAAAGUUUACUUUUGGCAAUAAUUAUUGUCAGAUGGUUAAGUUGUUUCAUCAUUUCAAAUUCGUUCAACACAGUAGUUAAUGGAGCAACUGUGGAAGAGUGUUCUAAUUUUGUUUGAGAUAGAAAUAAGUUUUUCCAUGUAUGAGAUACUUUUAUUAUGUAUGAUUACAUUCUUGAGAGGUACUGCUAUUUUGAUUCACUCUCCAACUUUAUGAAAUUUGGCUGUCAUUGAGGUAUAUG